AUGAUCAACGCGGUUUUGGUGUUCAAUAACAAUGGACAGCCUAGGCUGACCAAAUUCUACACUCAACUGGACACCGUCACUCAACAAUCUCUACUAUCCCAGAUCUUCGCCUUGGUCUCUGCUCGUCCUGCCUCGGCUUGUAACUUCCUUCCACUGCCUCCCUUGUUGGCACCUACAGGCACAACCACCUCCCCCGACGCCCCAACACAGAUCACCUAUCGACACUAUGCCACCCUUUACUUCAUCCUCAUCUCCACUGCCACUGAGUCUCCAUUGGCCUUGUUAGAUUUCAUUCAGGUCUUUGUCGAGGCCCUAGAUCGCCUCUUUGAGAAUGUCUGCGAACUCGAUCUCAUCUUUGGCUUUGAAACCCUCCACGCCGUCCUGGGCGAAAUGGUCGUUGGUGGGGUGGUGGUCGAAACCGCCCUAGACAAGAUUGUCGAAGGUGUUAGACUGAGUGAAGGGACCAAAGGCAAAAGAAAAGCUGUCAAUUCUCGUGACUCUGGGCCAUCUUUGGGCAGAGGCAGUGGCUUCGCAGGUCUAGGCUGGGCUACAGGAACAGGAAGUAGCUGGAGGUGA